CGGGUUCGGAACGGCACGGUGCCUCUUGUCUUGAGUUGGGGGCACACAAGGGGCACUCCUAGGUCUGGCAGAGUGUUCACUGCUGGAAAAAAACCCUGGCUCUCAGGCUGAAAGCAGCCAGACAGACCUGGUGCUGCCGUGGAGAGGCUUGAGGUGUGGGCAAGUGCUAGCUGUCCCAGGACUGGGUGUUCCCAGUGCUGCACUGGCAGUGAGUGCAGUUGGCCUGGUGCUCCGCAGAGCAGAAGGCAUCUCUUGGGCCACAAUAAAACAGCUAAUAAAGUCAGAACUCAAGUCAGAGAAAGCAUUUAAAAAAGAAACCCUCAAAAAUCCUCUCUGCUUCCUUGCUCUCUCCUGACUGUGGAAUAUUAAUCACUAAGGGUAUAAUGUGCUUAUGGGCAGUCAAUGCGUGGGAGAAACUGUUUUUUUCCGGAUUCUUGGAAUUAAAAUUUCUCCAUAAACCUUCUACUCCGAGGUACAAAUGCAGAAGCUCACUGUGCUUUGCCCUUCAGCAGCCAAGAACCUCUACCUAUUCCAAAUCUACUGUUCUGCCACCUGAGCACAUGGUAUGCUUGGGGAAGCAGGCGGUUUUGUGGAAGACAUGGAGGUUGAUAAAUAUGGGUUACAGAAGAGUCCCCAGCACAUGUGCAAGCCCAAGUCUGUGCACAUAUUUGUAAAUGUAAGCUAGAUUGGUGACUAGAAUAUGUGCAUUUGUACAUGAAGGCAGUCACUUUGAAGUCUUGGAAACACGUGUACGAGUGCACACAGGGUGGCUGCUAUCUAUGGGGUGGGAGUGUUGCGUGUAUGUGACAUGCUUUUAAAAUAAUCUUGGGUUUAUCAAGGCCCCUCCAUCUUUGUGCAUGUUGCAGUGCAGGAGACAGCAUUAAAGCCUGAACAGGUGUUAAUCACUAUGCACUGUAAUAAAUUCUAAACAUAGGGAAAGGGCUUAUUUAUACACGGCUGCUCCUCCCACCCUGCACUCUCUGCUUGAGCCUUGGUGCUGCCUUAGAGAAAGAGGCGCCCGUGAGGUACCAGAAACCAGUGCAAGAGCUGGACUUGCCCUGGCAGAGUAGAAGGAUCUAGGGGUAGAAAUCUUGACCCUGUCACCAUCCCCAUGCCUGGGUGUGCCAGUCCUGCCCUCAGCCCCCCACUGUCACCUGGGGAUGGUGCAGGUGAACUGCACAGAGCAGCGAGCAGGGCAGGAGAGACACCAGCCUAUGGCCUGAGAGGGGGUCUGGGCUGAGGGGAGAUCACAGAGGGAAACUGAGUCACAAAGCACCCAAGGAAGCUGAUUUUGGGCUUUUUUGUUUUGGUUUAGGUUUGUUGUUUUUUUUUUCAAAAAAGCUUAGCCCCCCAAUUGGAACUGAGCCAGCUGAUACAGACGGGGUGUUACAAAACAGAGCCAAAAAGCAAAAGCACAAGGAACAGAGCUAUCUAUAACCCUGACAAAAGUUAGAUGGAGUGAAGGUGGGGAAGAGGGAAAGACAGAGCGUGGCAGGCGGCUGCCCCUGAUGCUGAGAGCAAGGACGUGAUCAUUUGGCAACAGGAUUUGGAGCUGAUCGACUCGCGCUAUCCAGCAGGCAGAUAAGGCUCUGUGGCUGUCAGCUUAACUCUGCCGUUUAUUCCAGUGCUGUAGGGAGUUAAAUAGAGCACACGGAAAGCCUGCUGCUGGGGAAUGAAAGUCAAGGAGGGAAAGGGAAGGAAGAGGCUGUAAUUGGGCAGUGUCCGGGGAAUCAGGUGGAAGUGGCUGCAGGCAGAACCUCUCCAGGUCCUUCCUUCUCCUUCUCCUCGGAGGCUCGCUUGCUCUUCAGCUCCUGCAGUUGCUGCAGUGGGAAAUCCCCAAGCUGAAGCUGUGCUGUUCUAGCCACCACAUCCAUUUUACCUUAAAACAGACAGGAAGUGCUGGACCUGGCAGGCAGGCUACAAGGUCAUUCCUUCUCCUUUUGGGGCUGUGUGCCAGGCUGGCUGUUGGAUGUGAAGACACGCUGGAGAAGACAAGGAUGCUGCCUACAAGUGCUGGCCACCGGUGGAGGAGCAGGUUCCUCAUGAGGUGGCAAGAGGCUUGUCUGCUUGGCUGUUGGCUGUCGCUAUGUGCUGCUGAGUCCUUCUUUGCUUGUCCUUCCUCCUGCAAGUGUAACAGUGGCAACCUGGAAGUGGACUGUAGUGGCCUGGGCCUCUCUUCCAUUCCCUCAGACAUCCCCACAAACACCAGGACCUUCCUCUUUCUCAACAACAAACUCAGCAUCCUGCCAGGGGCAGUGUUUUCCAACCUCUCCGCUCUCCAGAGGCUGGAUCUAUCCAACAACUUCUUGGACCAGCUCCCUCAGAACAUCUUCAGUGACCUGGGGAACCUCACAGAGCUCCAGCUGAGGAACAACAGCAUUAGGGCCUUGGACAAGGACCUGUUACAACACACGGCCCUGCUGCGUCAGCUGGACCUCUCCAUCAACGGCCUGGCCCAGAUCCCCUCGGGAAUCUUUGACGACCUGCCUGCUCUCCGCUCCCUCUCUCUCAGGUCCAACCGCCUGCAGAGCCUGGACAGGGUGACCUUCGAGCCGCUAACCAGCCUGCAGCUGCUCCAAGUUGGGGAUAACCCCUGGGAAUGUGACUGCAACCUCCGAGACUUCAAACACUGGAUGGAGUGGUUCUCCUACCGAGGUGGCAAAAUUGACCAGCUGGCAUGUACCCUGCCCAAGGAGCUGAAAGGGAAGGAUAUGCGAAUGGUACCCAUGGAGAUGUUUAACUACUGCUCCCAGCUGGAUGACGAGAACAGCUCUACCGUGCUGGACAAUACUGGCCCACCCUGCACUAAAGGCAGCCCAACUCCUUCCAAAUCUAAAUCAGGCCCAGAAACAGAAGUGGAGCCCAGUGUGGGAUGCCCUCAGAAACAGCGAUACAGGCCCGUGAGCGUGCGCCGGGCCAUUGGCACUGUGAUCAUUGCAGGGGUGGUUUGCGGCAUCGUUUGCAUCAUGAUGGUGGUGGCAGCUGCUUACGGCUGCAUCUACGCCUCCCUCAUGGCCAAGUACCACCGGGAGCUGAAGAAGAGGCAGCCGCUCAUGGGUGACACAGAAGGUGAACAUGAAGAACAAAAACAAAUCUCCUCUGUGGCGUGAAACUCUUCUAGGAAGGAAGGGACAGCGAUGAAAAAAAGGUACCUGAGAGCAGUCAAGCAUGGGGCCCUCCCAAAAUACAUCUUCCCAGACAGAGAGACAGACUGUGCUAUUGCUCCACUCACCCAAGUAGUGCAACAUGCUUCUGGGGGGUCAGGGCACCUGGCUCAAUUUCUUUUCCUCUGCCCCAGGCCCAUUUUGUGCCCUUUCACCCUUGGGGCCUCCCAGACAAAAUAAAGUAGAGUCAGACCUCGAGUGCUUGCUGUGCCUCAUGCCCUUGCACAGAGCUUCCCUCACAUGCCUGCUGCAAAGGCAGCUGGCACAUUCUGGGAACCUGUGUUGCUCUCUCAGCUUCGGUCCUGAGUCAUCCUGUAUCCUGUCAAGAGUUCUCUGCAAACUGAGAGCAGCUCUGUGAAAGCCUGUGUGGGAAGCAGGACACCAGAAGUGUCCAUGCCUCACUGUUAGGGUCUGCAAGUCAGUGCUCCUUACAUCAGAAGGGAGGGAAGGUCCCCAGGGUAGGACAACAGUCAGUGGGAGAGUUCCUUUCUCAUUUUUAAAGGUGGAAAGAUAACCUGUGUCACUUUAACACACUGCCAGGAGCACAGUGUCCUUCUUUUUGCUCCUGGCCAAGUCCAAAUCUGUGAGCUGACACACGUCAUCUCCUAUAGGUGCACAGACACGGAGUCACCCUCCUGUACACACACACACUGACUCAUUCUGAUCCCAACACGCACACACAGCCAGCCACAGUUCCAGAUAUCCAGGCACCCCACCUGCACAUGCAGAGCCACACAUGCCCAUGCUGAUCUGCCCUCUGUGUGUUGAAUACAUUCAGCCACUUUACCUUACCCUGAUCACAGCACUGCAUAUCGCCUUCUGCUUCAGACAAAAUACAUGCACACUGCCACUGAGGAGCUAACAGAGACAUCUCAGCCCUAGUGCAGAGCCAGUGGAAACUGGCAGGAGACGGCAGAGAGAGGCAAAGUUAUUGAGAUUACAGUAUGAGUCUGUGAAAAAAAUAAGGUGUAUUCUUCUUAUCUGUUUUAUGUUUUCUCUGAUAAAUGGAGAGGGUAAGGAUACAAAGCCUCCAUUUAGAAAUGUUUGGCUGGCAGAGUAGAACUGGGUCAUCAGGAAAGACUAGAGGAGGAGGUGGUUUACCAGCCUCAGUAGCGUAAGCCACGCUGAGUAGUGUGAGCCUGGGGAAAGGUGUCAGGGGAAGAAGUCACACAACUGGCAUGGCUGGCAGAGGGGCCAGCAUGGCGUGUGGAGCAGGGUGACGCAGCUGAGGUGACUGAAAAGCGUGGGCGCAAUUCUGAGGGGUCUUGAGCUGAAGGCUGAAACCUGGAUCACAGCGUGGCAGGUGUGGGAGAGCCCAGGAAGGGUCUGGCAUGGAAGGCAGCACAGCCCACAUACGCUCCCUUAACCAUCACUGGUGUGUUUGACGCCAUCCACAGCUGCACACGAGCGUGCCCACACACGCAACUGCGCACACUGCCACUGUCACGUAGGGUGACUUCCCCCAGUCAGACUUUAAAGCCCUCAGACUGCAGUGCCUCCUAUUAGUCUUUGCUCAUUCUGACCUGACAGGGGAAAAAAAAAAAAAAAGUGAGAGAGGGGAAAAAAAAAUGAAAGGAACUCGACAUAAGGACUCAUUUUGUAUCACUGGAAGUGGGAUAAAAUGCUGUCUCCAGGGGAGAGCGCACAUUGCCAUGGUAACCUGCUCUAACCCGUCACAGUGGGUAUUCCUGGGCGAGGAAGAUGACACUGGAGGUCGUGCAUCCACAGUGCCUGUGGAUGGUGUGAUCCCUGCCAUCAGGAAACAAGCUGGCAGCCAGCCCAGCUUUGCAGGGUGUUUCGCUGGCAACCUGUGUUCAGAGCCCAGCAUGCACUGCAGGUGGACCCUGCCAGGGCACAUCACCUCUUCCACCUGCUCCAUCUGAAUCCCGAUGCCUUCGGACAUCUCGCAGCCCUCCUGCUCGCUGUGACCGGAUCCCUGCGGAAGCAAUGCACGCUGGCUCCUCACCCCCUUCUGGCUCCAGACAGGUGGUUGUACUGACCCACGGGCACACAACAUCUUUAAUCAAAGCCUGGAGUGGUAAAAUCCCUCCUGCUCUACCCAGGGUCACCAGAGGCAAGGAGACAGGAUGCUCUGAACUGUUUAAGCAUGACUUUCCUUCGACACGGGGAUGCAUGGGACGGGGGAGGAUGUUCUUCAGGAAGCAGAAGACAAGGCUGCCAUGGAGGAACAACUGGGAGAAGCAGUCCACCCACAAGUGUGCACACAGAUUCUACCCCUGCUCCCAGCACACUGCUUGUGAGGAACUGGAAGAGGAGGAGGGGGGCUGGCAAGACGUGAGGAGGAAGGACUCUCACCCAUACACUGUAUAGCCACUGCAACCAUCCCAUCUGCUCCAAGUGUAGCCCGUUCUGAAGGGCAGAACUGGUGCACUGCAGACUCCAUAUGCGUGUCACUGCUGCUCCACAUUCCCAGCAAGCCAGGACUAGACUCUGCCUGCUGGAUCCAAACCUCUCUCCAGCCUCCCUCUCAGGGGAACUUCUCCCUUUACCAUACUGGACUCCACAAUCAUACUUGAAAUGGGACUUGAGUCAGAGUGGUAUAUUUAUAGAUCUAUAUUUUACUUGCAUCAAAAAAUGGUGAAAUAUUGCACAAAACAAAUGGGAUCUAUAUAUGUGUGUGUGUGUAUGUAUGUGUGUGAGUGAGCAAGAGAGUGAGAGACUGUUUUAAAGGGAAUAGACCAGAGGUAAAAUGAAUGGGAGAAAGGCAGGGCACACUGCAGGGGUUGAGGGGAUGAAAUCCUCCUUUCCCCGCACCUUCCCUGUGACUUCCUCCAGCCCUGACCAAUUUUUCUUUGUUGCUAAUAAUAUUUUCUAUAUCUUGUGUUGUGGGGCUGAUGAUGACCUUGCCCAUCCUUUCCUUUUUUGUUUUAAUUUAUACAGCAGAAAGUCUGGAUUUAUCUCAACCCUAGAAAAGGGACUGCUAUGUUUAGAAACCCACCCAGGAAAGGAGAGAACUGAGUGCUGCUGAGAAAUAUGAAGGCUGGCUGCUAUGGGGAGUCCCACUGGAAAGCAAAUACUCUGCUGGGAAGGAUGAGGACCUCUCACACGCAGAGCAGAGUAACUCGGUUCACUGGGAAAUACCCUCUUCAUGCCACUGUUUGCAAACAGGCUCUUCCUCCUUUCCCUAGCACACCUAGAAAACAGGCUGCCCUGGGGUGACUGAGCUGCUGCACUGUCCACAGGCACACCAGGGAACACGGUAGCUAGCACAGUCCGAAACAAAGCUCUCCUGUGGGAUGCCGGAUACAGAAUGACACCCAGUGCUCCUUGUGUGCUCAGCCAAUGGGUUCCUUUGGUGUGUGGAGACAGGGGCUCCUGUUAUCCCUGCAGGCAUGGCUAGGCACGGGGGAAACCCCCCUGAAUGCAGCCUUUGGUGCAGGCAGGUGCACCACAGCUCCACGCAGGCGCCUGCACUCAGGAAAUGGUAUUCUGGGGCAGGCAGGUCCAACGCAUGCCAGGGCGAUCUAGGGGCUGGUAGGGCCACCAGAAACACCCCUUCUGCUCUCCCCCACUCCCCUUCCCCACACACCCACCAGUGGCACAGGCACAUUUCUUGCAGGGAAGAGAUGGCACUUGUAAUUCCUUUUUCUUUUUUGUUACCGUUUGAGGGAGAGCGACAAGAUUUUCUAAAAUGAUUGAAUGGAGGUUUCUUUGGCAUGAGACAGAAAAUUUUUAAAGGUAUAUUAUAUUUCUGGCUUGUUGUUACAGAAUAAUAAUAAAGAAUGUAUUUUCCUA